AUGACAUCUACCUCCACCAAAAUAUCCAAAUCGCUAAGAUAUAGCACACUGAAGCUUCUAACGGAUCUCAAGUCAAGAACUCUUGUGGUGAGAAUCAGACUCCAUGAGAUAAUUAUUGAGAUGCAAGAGUCUGGAAUUUCCAGAAACGAAAGAGAGAUCUUUUAUAUGGAUGUAAAUGUAUUCAGAACACAAACCACUGUCAAAAGGAUGAUAUCUAGCAUUGCUUCGGAGCUUCGGGUCUCAAAAUAUGAGCUUGGUGUGAGGAAUACUCUUAAAGGAACCUUUAUUGGGAGGCUAACUUUCAUUAAAUGCGGCAGCCUCAGUGCAAUGGAGAUAUGCUCACCGGAGAACACACCACAGCUCAUUCCAGAUAUGUCAAAGGUAAAAGAAGUACUCUGCGAUUAUAAAAAAGUUUUAGUUGUUGAGAAGGAUACAAUAUUGCAGCGAAUAGCCUCUGAGAUUGGAAGAGAAAGAUGUCUUGAAGGAGUAUUGCUUGUCUGCGGAAGAGGAUAUCCCUGUAAAAACACAAUGCUACUACUGAAAAUGAUAGAGAACAAGACAACUAUCUCAGGAUUCUUUGACUUUGAUCCAUUUGGUAUUCACAUUUUUUGCAUUUACAAGCAUGGAAGUAGGAUGGAUCCAGAUACAAGGGUUGAGACUAUUACAAGGAUCGGAGUGUGUGUAGAAGACGCCCUUGAGAGAAAUAAAUGGGAAGGUGGUUUUUUAGAGCUGAGCGACCAUGACUUGAAAAUGAUAGAUAAACUCAUGAAAUUCAAGGAUCUAGCCAGCGAUCUACUAUUCCUGAAGAAGACCAAUAAAAAAAUCGAAAUGGAAGCUUUCUUCAGCAAAACCUCAGAAGAACUAAGGCAUUUCCUUUGCAAAGCUUUAAGAAGAAUGAAGAAUUAA